CUCAAGUUGCCUAAGUUAUUCGGGAAUUCACAUGAAAUCGAUGCAUCGCAUCAACCAAACUCACAUUCCAUGACAUCCACGACCACGUUUCAAUACCAACCCUUGCCGGCGAGAUCAAUCCGAAUAAUUAAGCUAUUACCAGCGCAUCGUCCUGAAGAUCCCUUAAGAUGUAACAUUGAGGCUAUCUGUCUUGACCACUCAAAGGCGAGACCGUAUGAAGCCCUCUCAUACGUGUGGGGCGAACCGGCUCGGCAGUGGCCCCUGGACUGCGGGGGUGCAAAGCUCCUAGUUACCAAGAACUGCCAUGAAGCGAUGGUAAAUCUGCGCUAUAGGUUUACAUCGAGGGUUUUGUGGAUUGAUGCAAUUUGCAUCAAUCAAGGCAGCGACGAUGAGGCGAUCGAGGAGCGAAAUGGCCAAGUGAAGAUGAUAGGGGAAGUGUACCUCAGAGCAAAACUGGUCUUGAUCUGGUUCGGACCGGGAGACGCGUCAACCGCUGUCCUCUUUCGCUACCUCCCACUCUUUAACCUCUUGGACAGGAUCCAGGAUGAGUACCCAGUACUUGAAAAUGCUUUGUAUACGCUAAUUGCUCAACAUUUUGAUAUAAGUUACGGGGUUCUAGUCAAACACAAGCGUUCACAGUUGCUAAAUUCCAUGGCCGCUAUCCUCGAGAAUCCAUGGUUUGAAAGGGUCUGGACGAUACAAGAGGUUGCGUUUGGACGAAAAUGCGUUAUUAUAUGCGGCAAGUCUAGUAUAGAUUGGGAGUCAUUCUGCGGAGCCUACAUGGCUGAACCCAAACUGCGAGGAUCGAGCCGCUCAUCUAAGGACCUCAUAAUCCCUCGCUGGAGAUUGUACCUAUCACUGCGUGGUUCGAGUCUCGAAGCCAUCCCGCAGACCCGCUUUGAAGGAGACGGUCAAGUAAGAUUCGAACUUGAACUCCUCUCUGAGAUCCGGAAUAUGAAAGCAACCAUUGCGCAUGAUAGAGUGUAUUCCUUAUAUUCGGUAUUCCAGGCCAUGGGAAUCAACUUGCCGAGCCCUGAUUACGGGAAGGACGUAGUAAAAGUUUUUGAAGAAGCAACGCUAGCGUAUAUCAGAAGCCGUCAAAAUCUAAACAUUAUCGCGAUUACCCUGCCUCCAGGCCCAAGCUCCGGAUUUCCUUCUUGGGUCCCCGAUUGGUUAACACCGGGCCGCAACGGCUCGGCGUUGAUUUGGAAAAUAACGGACUUCGACGCAUCGUAUCAUUCUACUACUCCUAUACUCACAGAUAACACCCGGGAUGGUAAAUUUGGCGUAAUGGGGAAGAUUAUUGGGAAAAUAAAUAAGAGUAUUCGUUGCCCUAUCGUUCUGGACCAAACACUCAGUCGAAGCCAGGCAUAUCAGGAGGUUAUUUCGGCUUGCUUCGACUGGCGCCAUUUAAUCAGUAGUCUUACUAGAUAUUCACCGGGAAAAGACCCGAAGCUCGUCGGGCAGGCGCUACUUCGCCCUUACCACGCCAGCGUACCCAACAGCGAACUAGGCGCUUUAUACCGCUGGGCUUUGCAUGGUGAUAACACAGCGCCUCCAGAGGAUGAAACCACUCUCGAGGCUAUCAUGGAGAAGCGCAGGCUUCGAGAAAACUGGGCAAUCUUCACCCUUGACACAGGCUACUGCGGUACAGCACACCAUAAUUGUCAAGCCGGGGAUAAUAUAGUUCUUCUACAAUCGCUCAAUCCACUCGUCCUUCGACCCCAGCCGAAGCCUCACGAGUUCAGGAUUAUAGCCCCCGCUUAUUGUGAGGGAGCGAUGAAUGGCGAUAUGAAUCCGCACAAUGGUGAGCUAGAAGAGAUGAUACUUGUCUAACACUGUUGUCAUCCUAUCUUUCAUUUGCAAAAUAGCAUACCUAAGUUAUGCGAAGACGUAGGUUGCUGGAACUCGCAUUCGCAAUAUAAUCGUAACUACCUAACCUAAACAUACACCCUUCAGUGAAUUUACAUAGUAGCAAAUCGUUGUUACUGAGGUAGUCUCAUAUAUAACUUCGGUGAGGUUAUUUUCACUACCUAUGAGGUAGCAAUCUAUCAACUUAAGAAGCGAGGAAAGUUUAAGGUUGUUCUAAUU